CAAACACGGCAGACCUUGGCGUUUUGGACCCGGCGCUGUAUAAAACUGACUGUCUUGAUGAAGAUCUUAUGUGGCCUGAAGGACACGUGGGCCGAGUGUGGUUCACGUUGAAGUACGAGGCUGGAACCGAAAGGCUACAAGUGCAUAUAAUAAAGGCGAAACAUCUGCCCUCUCGCACUCCAGCGCUUGCCAACGCUUGCGAUCCCUACAUCAAAAUACAACUGAUGCCUGACGAACGAAGAGUGCUACAGACGAAACAAAAGAAGAAAACCUGCAAUCCAUUCUUUGACGAAACAUUUGUUUAUCAGAUCCCACCUGGUAAAAUCGAAAGCCUAACCCUGAAGCUGUCGGUUGUUGAUGUGGGACGAGUAGGCAAGGGUAAACAACUGAUCGGCCACAUCAUUCUACCACUAACUGAAUUGGAAGGAGUAGCUCCAGACGAAGAACCGCAGCUGUACAAGCUUGACAUUGAAAAGGAUCUUCAAGAACCAACAUCAGACUUGGGCGAAAUACUGGUGUCGUUACUGUACAAUGAAAACCUACAUCGACUUACAGUAACCGUGAUAGAAUCUCGCGGAUUAAAGCUGGAUCCAUCAUCAAACAAGCGCGAGAUGGUAGUGAGAGUGACUCAGGAGCGGGCUUGUCGAGGAGUGCGUGCGAGGCGCACUGCUGCUGUCGAAGUCUCUGACGAGGGUUGCGCCCUGGUGUCCGAAUGCUUCCACUUCAGGCUACGAGCUGAUGAGCUGCACACUACCAGCGUUACUGUACAGGCGCUGCAACCACACUCCGUGUAUGCCAAAGAUCGCUUGCUGGGCAAAUUUGUCCUGGGCUCGUACAUGUUUGCCCGGGGGCGGGCCCUACAGCACUGGAACUCUGCCCUGGCGUCACCGAUGGAACAGGUUAAACAAUGGCAUCCGCUUACAAAUUAAAUAUCGGCCAAACUAUGUAUUCACGGAAGCAAUUGCCAAAGAUCUGUUAAUCGAAUUUGGAGGCUUUUUGCUUUAAUAUACGACUUCUAUUAUAAGUUCGUGGUAUAUUGGGAAUGCGUUAAUAAAAGAUAAUUAUGAUAAUACAUUUUAAAUGCUAAAUAUUCUGGAUUUGUGGUGAUUGGAAAUGUUUUUUAUUGGAAGAACCGAUAUAGUUCAUAAACAUAUAUAAUCAAAAACGUAGUUCAAUAUUCAUAAUCGAUCUAAAAAUAGAUAUUACAAUUGUUGAAUAAAUCGCUUGUGUACUUAAUAUUUCAAACGUAUUCCAUUUAUCAAACAAAAUGUUUCAAAUUUAAUAUUUAUUAAACGAUGUUAUAAAAACCCUUUAUAAAUAUUUGUCUACUGCUUCCGUGGGUAAUAUUAUAUUAUUCUUCUGAAUGUAUACCCGUAACAUCUUAGCGAUGGAUGAUUUUGACAGCCUCUCGUAACUCCUAAGUCACGUUAUAUUUAAACGAAAACCUUUUUCUUUUAAAAAGAUUCCUUGUUUAUUUAUAAAGCAAAGAUGAAUAGGAAAAGCUGUUUAAGAGAGUUUGUGUUCAGGUCACGUAAACGUUGAAUUUGUUAUAAAUAUCUUCACUACAGCGCUUUGAGAACGCUUGAAGUUUUAAAAUUUUAGAAGGAAAAUAUCUUUCCUGUUUACUUUUAAAUCAGCUUAAUAAUGUAUUUGAAUCCCACUUUGAGCAUACUCUAUUAAACUAUCCAACCAUAACCACGGCCAUAGUGGUUCACGUAAGUGUGUCGCUUUAAGGAAUUGGCCUGUGUAUAUCCGGUUCUAACAGGCCGGCAUAAUUGUGACGACUGCCGAGGUGUUAUUACCUCUCGUCGACAGUCUAUUGGACCCCCCUCUACUUAUCAUCAGGGGCAGGAGGAUCACUAAGCUGUGCUUUUAUAUAAAAAAAACUAUAUUCCGACUCUAGCACAUUUUUUCACGCAUAAUGAAUAAUAAUCUCGUUAGUAAUGCUAAUCAAAAUACUUUAGCAAUAACAGUAUUUUAUAAUUAAAUUUUUUUGUUUAUAUUAAUAAAUUUAAUAAAAUUUAGAUUUAAACAUAACGCACAAGGUUUGUAGAUCAAAUAUUUGACUUACGAGAAGCUAUCAAAAACCUACUUCAUUUACUUGUAGUUAUAACUUAUUAUGAUACCCUAUGAUAUAUGAUGCAAGGUAUAUAUGUACAUAUCUGUAGUCAUUUGAUUUAAUACCUCCUGCGUUUCCUAAAUUAAAUCACAAAUACUUAAAAAUUCCCUGAUAUUUUUGUAAUUUCGAUUUACACACGAUUUCAGAUAUAAAUAUAAUAUUGUAGCUUAUAAUGUUUAUCCAGUUUCACUAAUUAGUAUUGUUUUGCAAUUAAUUUAAUAAACUCAAAUCCGCUUUUACUACACUGAUAUUAAAGUUAAAAUUUUAAAUAUUCAUAUUCUCGAACAAUUAAUUGCUCAUAGAUAAUUUUAUGAAAAUAAGUAUAAUAAUCAAAUAUUUCAACAUCAAUACUCGUAUGUUAAAUUGAUAUGAUAUUUAUGAAUGUUUAACGUAAAAUAUUGCCAAUAUACACUAUAUGUAGUAGAUUUAUUUCGAAAAUGUGCAAAUGUGAUCAUUCAAAUAAAAUGAUUCGAC